AUGACUCGCAUUGAGGAUAUGAUGCAAAAGAUGAUGAAGAGAUUUAAUUUGACAGAUGAGAAUGUGAAGGAGAUGGGAAAUGAUUUAUCUGGAAUUGUCAUGAUUCGCGGAGGAAAGCAGACUAUUGAUCCCCCCAUGCCGUCUGAGGUUGAAAAAGUGAUAGAAAAAUAUGAGGAUGAGGUUACUGAAAUUCUGAAAGAUGAUACAGAAAAGGAAGAGGAGAUGCCUGGGUAUGCAAAAUUCAUGAAAGACUUGGUGACCGAAAAAAGGGCUGUUAGUUUUGAGAAUGAAGAGAGACUGCAACAUUGUAGUGCUAUUUCUACUAGGUCACUUGUGCAAAAGAAAGAGGAUUCUAGAACUUUCACUAUUCCUUGUACCAUUGGAAUUUUACACUUUGCGAAAGCUUUGUGUGAUUUGGGUGCCAGAAUUAAUUUUAUGCCAUUGUCCAUUUAUAAAAAAUUGGGUUUAGGAGCUCCAAAGCCGACUGCGAUAUAUUUACUUAUGACCGAUAGAAUUGUGAAGAGGCCCAUUGGAGUGCUCCAAGAUGUUCUUGUGAAAGUGGAGUCCUUCAUCUUUCUGGUGGAUUUUGUGAUACUUGAUUGUGAGGUUGAUUUUGAGGUUUCCAUCAUCUUAGGGAGACCAUUUCUUGCUACUGGGCGUGCCUUAGUCAAUAUGGAUAGAGGACAAAUGAAGUUUUGA